AUGUUGUACUCCAAUAGAAACAAAAUUCAACUCUACGGUCGCUGUCGCCACUUAAUUCCUCGUCAGCACCACCACCGCUAUAUCUUCUGUUGCGUUGAUACUGCUAAUCCAUAUACAUCGGGAAUGCACAAAUAUCACAAUGUCAUGAGAGCAAGGAAGCUGAUGCCAAGAGAAGCUGAUGAAGAUCAAGAUCUUUACAUAAGAAUGGACGCAUCUGAGUUAACAGGCAUAAAAUCUGGCUUUAACAAGAAAAAAGUAAUCGAAGUGUCCCUUUCAACUUCAUUUGGUUUUAUUCUGAUAUGCCUAGCUGUGGUGGGGUAUGUUUGGAAGAAAAAUUGGUCUCAUGCACAAAGUCAAGGUACUCUGGUGAAGACCCUUUGUGAAGACUAUACAGGGGGAGGCCAAAACAAUGAUGUAGACUUGCCCUUUUUCAGCUUUUCUGAAGUAUCUAAGUUAACCAAUAACUUCUCGAUUGAUAAUAAGCUUGGACAAGGUGGAUUUGGUCCAGUUUACAAGGGUGUAAGGGAAGAUGGGCGAGAAAUAGCUGUAAAGCGGCUAUCUGAAACUUCUACACAAGGACUUGUUGAGUUUACAAAUGAAGUUAGAUAUCAAAUUUUAUUUCAUGAGACUAGAAGUUCAAUGCUUGAUUGGAAUCACCGAUUCCGCAUCAUCAAUGGAAUUGCACGAGGGCUUCUUUAUCUGCAUCAAGAUUCGCGCCUUCGUAUCAUACAUAGGGAUCUUAAAGCUGGUAAUAUUUUGUUGGACAAUGACAUGAACCCAAAGAUAUCAGAUUUUGGGCUGGCUAGAAGAUUUAAAGGAUACGAAACUGGAUCUAACACAAAGAAUGUGGUUGGAACUUAUGGUUACAUCCCUCCAGAGUAUGCAGUUCACGGGAUUUUCUCAACAAAAUCAGAUGUAUUUAGCUUCGGUGUUUUGGUGCUGGAAAUAGUAAGUGGGAUGAAAAACCGAGAAUUCUCUUCUCAAGAACACGGCGACAACCUUCUUGGACAUGCAUGGAGGCUGUACAAAGAUGACAAGAGUCUUGAUCUGGUUGGUCGAUCGUUAAGGGAGUCAUGCAUCAUCUUGGAGGUGCUGCGGUCAAUACACAUUGGUCUUUUGUGUGUGCAGAAUCAGCCAGAAGAUAGGCCGACAAUGUCAUCUGUGGUAUUGAUGCUUGGUAAUGAUGGUGUCUUGCCUCAACCCAAACCACCUGCCUUUUUCACCGAGCCUGAUCUCCACCUGCUUGCACCCACCACACAACAACAUUCUGUUGUUAAUAUCACCUCGUCAUUGACAGGUCGAUAG